AUUUAUUCAAUCAAAUAUCCAAAAUGAGUCUGAGUUGGUUGGUGUCUCCUCAAUUACAUAAAACUACUAAUGGCUAUUAUAUAAAUCAUGACAACAUCAUGCUCGGUAAUAGAAAGAGUUAUUAUAUAAAUAGCUGGACCUCAAGAUAAGAGGAGAUUAAUAUUUUACUAUAUUGCAAGUCAGACACCAGAAAAGAUUACUAAGGAAGAUCAUUAGAAAUUCAUAAGGGAGAAAUUCGUAGAUGUCGAUGCCAGAAGUGGAAUAUUCUCGUUUGGUGGUAUUUUCUUGGCUUUAGCAACAAUAAGGGAAUAACAAUUAAUUACCUCUAGAAUUACAAGUCGUCCAUUCUUAAAUGGAAUCUUGGUUUUGGGAGUUGGUAAUUGAAAUAAUUAAAGGCAUUUAGGUUUGGUUUCUGCAGCAUUUUCGUACAACCUUUCAUAAAUCCUAUUUGAGCCCAUCUUUGUUUAAAAAAAUCAGGUGAUAUCAGAUUUGGCCGAGAAGUAUAGCUUUUCAGUGUUUGACUUUGCUUUGGCAAAGAAAGAAGCCAGAUUGAAAUAAUUAAGAGCAGAGUUAACAAGCGAUAGUAGUAACGCAGCACAUUUCUGAAUCUAUAUUACAACAUCAAUAAAAUAUUAAUAUUAUAAUGAUAAGAA